AUGCGUUUCACUCAAGCUUUCGCCAUCGCCGGUCUGUCCGCUUCCCUGGUCGCCGCUCUGCCUAUCGGUUCGACUGGAAGCGUUCUUGGUAACGUCGGAUCUGGCGUCCACCCGGUUAUCACCUCUUCUGGUACUACUAUUGAUGGUGUCGGCACCGUGGUUGAUGGAGUUGGCGGCAUUGUCGGUGGUGUAGGAACCACAGUUGGAGGUGUUGGUUCCACAGUUAACACUGUUGGCCAGAAUGCUGCUGGAGAAAACGUCCUUAAGCGCUCCGGUGUUCUUGACGGUGUUCACCCUAUUGUCACUUCGACUGGCGUGACCGUUGACGGCGUGGGAUCUGUCGUUGGCGGUGUGGGCGGUAUCGUUGGUGGGGUUGGUUCUACUCUUGGUGGUGCUGGAACAACUGUCAAUGGUUUGGGUCAGCACGUCGAGAACGUGAAGCGUUCUCCUCUUCUCGACGCAGUUGUCGGUAAUCCCGUUGUCGGCGGUGUUACUGGCACGGUCGAGGGCGUCGUUGGAGAGGUCACCCAAGGCGAUGUCGCUGCCGGUGUGAGUAACAUUCUCGGAACUGUGGUCAAGCGCUCCUCUAUCCUCGGCGACGGCCUCGACUCUACUGUCAACAACACUGAGGCUACCGUCUCCCAAGCUACUGGCGACGUUGUCAACUAA